GGAAAAGCCUCAUCGCUUCCAGUGCGUGGCAAGGCCACCGUUGGCUAUGGACCAAAGUAAAACUGCCAAAAGGCCGCAAAGAAAGACACUCGAGACACCUUCCAGCCACUCCAGGGGAUUCUUCCGUGAGCCGAACCAACACAGGAAACAGCCGCAGAUCCUCACUGUGAACUCCUGUGUGUGUGUGUCUUUGCACUUGCCAUGAUGUGCAGGUCCGCAGAUCUUUUGGGGAGUGAGCUUCGGCCACCGGUACUUCUUCAAGGGCCCCGUCUGGUGGUGGUGCUCCAUCAUCUGGUGGCCGCUGGCUAUCACCACCCCUACGUUGUGGAUCUGGCGAGAACUUGAGCGCGCCGCAGACUCCGCCCCGCCGUCCCACGACCACCUGCCUGACGACUGGUCAACACCGCCUCCGCCCAAGCAGAAGCCGACGACAGCUGUCACAGUGACGACAGCUACGCAGCAGAGCUGAGCUGAGUGAGCCGUAACCAAGCGAC